UUUCCUUGCCUUUUGCAUUUCAUCUAAAACCACCACCAUCCUCUCUCCUCGCGGCGGCCAAAACCCUAGCCAUCUGAACGUUGAUAACGUCAGGCUUAGGCGAUUGGAAGGAUCGAUUUUGAGAAAUGUCUCCUGCUAAAGUUGAUGGUACCAAGAAGGCCGAUCCCAAGGCCCAGGCCUUGAAGGCUGCAAAGGCCGUGAAAUCGGGUCAGAUCGUGAAGAAGAAAGGGAAGAAGAUCAGGACAAAGGUGACCUUCCACAGGCCAAAGACAUUGACCAAGGCAAGAGACCCCAAGUACCCACGAAUCAGUGCACCCCCCAGAAACAAGCUGGAUCACUACCAAAUCCUCAAGUAUCCUCUCACUACCGAAUCCGCUAUGAAAAAGAUCGAGGACAACAAUACCCUUGUGUUCAUCGUUGACAUCCGUGCCGACAAGAAGAAGAUCAAGGAUGCAGUCAAGAAGAUGUACGACAUCCAGACCAAGAAAGUUAACACCUUGAUCAGGCCGGAUGGGACGAAGAAAGCGUAUGUGAGGCUUACCCCAGACUACGACGCAUUGGACGUGGCGAACAAAAUAGGCAUCAUCUAAGGUGUUUUUGCCUUUAUAGUUUUCGGAAAUAGAGCGCCAUUUUUCCCUCGAAGCAUCUAGUUAUGAUAGGAAUUUAAUCUUAGAAAAUUGCGGCAAAAACUAUACUUUCUCAUCUCAUGUGCUUCGUCGUCGGAUUCGAGUUUCAUUGCUCCUCAUAUAACUUGUUCGUACACCUCCACAAGAUUUCAAGAUGGAGAUUUUCUUUUUUGGCGCAGUGAGGCGCUAUGAUAUCAGAUACCGGUAAAGGUAAGGUUGCUAUUA